AUGGAAGGGCAUGCAGCUGGAGAGCCUACUGCAGAGCAAACUACUCCAAAUGUUGCUGAGCUAAUGCGGAAAUUUCAAGAAGAAAGGGAGAAAAACCAAUGCGCAGACCACCCACCAACAAAUGGAGCACAGCAACACGCACCACCUCCGACUCCUCCAAUAGAAGUCAGAAAUGCAACAUCCAAUUACUCUCCGGAGACCUUUAUGAAAUUCCACCCCCCAGAAUUCUAUGGAAGCAUUGAUUCGAAAGUAACAGAGAAUUGGAUUCGCACGAUGGAAAGACUUUUUGUUCUAGCUCGAGUCCCACAAGUAGACAAAGUGCGGCCAGCAAUAUACUUGUUGAGGGAGGAUGCUAGCUAUUGGUGGGAUACUAUGGCGGUCAUCCAUGGAGUAGACACAAUGACUUGGGAACAAUUUCGAAACUUAUUGGAAGAGAGAUACCUUACAACUUCCUUGAAAGAUGAAAAAGCAAGAGAAUUCACUUACAUAAGGCAGAAAAAGAUGCUGAUGGAGGAGUUUGUUCGAAAAUUUAAUGAACUUUCAAGAUAUGCACCCCACAUGGUCUGUACGGAUGAAUUAAAAAUCAAGCAUUUAAAAAAUGAUAUUCAUCCUGACAUUCGUAAAGACCUCGAAGUAGCAGACUUGGAGGGAGCUUCUUUUUCCAAAGUAGCUGACAAAGCCUUGAAGAUCGAAAGGGCGAUAUUGAUGCAAGAACGGGAGAAAGAAGCUGAAUUCAGAAGACAGGGCGCAAGGAACUUCCGAAAUCGUGACAAGAAGCGACCUAACCAGUGGAGUUUCAACAACAACAACAAGAGAGGAAAUGAGCAAUCCCAAGAAAAGCCAGGAUUUCCGCAAUGCCCAAAAUGUAACAAAUAUCAUCCUGGUGAAUGUCGGGUUGGGACUAACACUUGUUACAUAUGUGGAAACCCGGGGCACUUUGCAAGGGAAUGUUCCAACCGUAACGAACAGUAUAAAGGAGGAGAAGAAAAGAAAACAAAUGGCAGAGUCUUUGCCUUGACUCGGGAAGAAGCGGAAGCAAGUCCAUCCACAGUAAUCUCAGGUCAGCUCAUUUUCAAUAACAUCCCUGCAUCAGUAUUAGUUGAUUCUGGAGCUACACAUUCAUUUGCAUCAGUGCAUUUUUUUGGUAGACUGAAUGGAUUACCUCUUAAGAUGGAUACAAUUUUUAGUAUAGCACUGCCCUCCGGGGAAGUGUUAUACUCAACUCAUUGGUAUAAGACUAUACCAAUUACAAUCAAUGACAGGGAACUAUAUGUUAACCUGAUCAUUAUCAACAUGAAGGACUAUGACGUCAUUUUAGGAAUGGAUUUCCUAACAACGUAUAACGCUAGAAUCGACUGUAGUAAGAAAGAAGUCAUUUUUGCACCGGUAGGAGAAGACGAAGUUCAUUUUCAAGGGAAAGUGAAACGAACCCCUUCACCAAUGAUUUAUGCAACAAAGGCAAGGAAAUUAUUAGCAAACGGAUGCACCAGAUAUCUGGCAACGAUUUGUGACGUCUCGAAAGAGAAGCUUGCGAGACCUGAAGACGUUCAAAUUGUACGCGAAUUUAUGGAAGUAUUUCCAAAAGAUCUUCCUGGAAUUCCUCCCGAUCGUGAAAUUGAGUUUGAGAUCGAGUUGUUACCUGGUACAACUCCGAUUUCAAAGGCCCCUUACCGCAUGGCACCUGCUGAACUAAAGGAACUAAAGACUCAACUGGAGGAACUUUUGGAAAAUAAGUUUAUAAGACCCAGUCAUUCACCGUGGGGAGCGCCAUCAGAAAAAGAACAUGAGGAACAUCUAAGAUGUACGCUAGAAACUCUCAAAAAGGAACAACUGUAUGCCAAAUUCAAGAAGUGUGAAUUUUGGCUCGAUAAAAUUAACUUUUUAGGACAUGUUGUGUCAAAAAGUGGGAUUUUGGUGGAUCCAGCUAAGGUAGAAGCAGUAAAAGGAUGGUCCCAGCCAAGGAAUGCAACUGAAGUAAGAAGUUUUCUGGGCUUAGCUGGAUAUUAUCGACGAUUCAUAGAAGGGUUUUCCAAAAUUGCAACCCCACUUACGGCGCUCACUAGAAUGAAUAGUCGAUUCAUAUGGACGGAAGCUUGUGAGGAGAGCUUUAUGGAAUUAAAGAAUCGACUAACUAAUGCUCCAAUCCUCACCAUCCCGAAUAGUACAGACGAGUUUGAAAUUUUCAGUGACGCUUCAAAGAUGGGAUUAGGAGCGGUGUUGAUGUAA